GAAGGGGCGGUGCGCGCUGGCCGGCGACUGCCGGGGCCUCGGCCUCCAGUCACGGCGCGCGCCCGACAUGCCGGAGGAGGCGGGCUUCCCGCCGGCCAAGAGGUUCCGGCCGGGCUGCGGGCCUCCCGGGGGGCGCGUGGUGAUGCUGCUGACCGCGGGCGGCGGCGGCGGCGGCGGAGGCGGCCGGAGGCAGCAGCAGCCGGUCCUGGCCCAGCCCGCGGCCAGCCCCUACCCCGAGGCGGUGGAGCGGCAGCGCCGGAGCCUGCCGAUCUUCCAGGCGCGGGGGCAGCUGCUGGCCCAGCUCCGAAACCUGGACAGCGCCGUCCUCAUCGGGGAGACGGGCUCUGGGAAGACGACUCAGCUCCCGCAGUACCUCUACGAGGGGGGCGUUGGCCGCCAGGGCGUCAUCGCGGUGACCCAGCCUCGUCGGGUGGCCGCCAUCUCUCUUGCGUCUCGAGUCUCGGACGAGAAGAGAACUGAACUCGGGAAGCUGGUUGGCUAUUCCGUGCGCUUUGAUGACAUCAGCUCCGAGGACACCAGGAUCAAGUUCCUGACGGACGGCAUGCUUCUGCGAGAAGCGAUUUCGGACUCCUUGCUCCGGAAGUACAGCUGUGUCAUUUUGGACGAAGCCCACGAACGGACUGUCCACACGGAUGUGCUCUUCGGGGUCGUGAAGGCCGCGCAGAAGCGGAGGAAGGAGCUGGGGAGGCUGCCUCUCAAAGUGAUCGUGAUGUCCGCCACGAUGGACGUGGAUCUGUUCUCGCAGUAUUUCGGCGGGGCACCCGUCCUCUACCUGGAGGGUCGGCAGCAUCCCAUCCAGGUGUUUUACACCAAACAGCCCCAGCAGGACUACCUGCACGCCGCUCUCGUCUCCGUCUUCCAGAUCCACCAGGAGGCCCCCCCUUCUCAGGACAUCCUGGUGUUCCUCACCGGCCAGGAGGAGAUCGAAGCCACGAGCAAGAUCUGCCGAGACAUCGCCAGGCACCUCCCGGACGGCUGCCCCUCCCUGCUGGUCCUGCCUCUGUACGCCUCCCUGCCCUACGCCCAGCAGCUCCGCGUCUUCCAGGGAGCCCCGAAGGGCUGUCGCAAAGUGAUCAUUUCCACCAACAUUGCCGAAACCUCCAUAACCAUUCCGGGAAUAAAAUACGUAGUCGACACGGGCAUGGUUAAAGCAAAGAAGUAUAAUCCCGACGGCGGCCUGGAGGUGCUGGCCGUGCAGCGCGUGUCAAAGACCCAGGCCUGGCAGCGCACGGGCCGGGCCGGCAGGGAGGACAGUGGCGUCUGUUACCGGCUGUACACGGAGGACGAGUUCGAGAAGUUUGACAAGAUGACCGUGCCAGAGAUCCAGAGGUGUAACCUGGCCGGCGUGAUGCUGCAGCUCCUGGCAAUGAAAGUCCCCGACGUGCUCACCUUCGACUUCAUGUCCAAGCCCUCUCCAGACCACAUUCAGGCGGCCGUGGCACAGCUGGAGCUGCUGGGAGCCCUGGAGCGGAAGGACGAGCAGCUCACCCUGACUCCGCUCGGAAGGAAGAUGGCAGCUUUCCCUUUAGAGCCCAGGUUCGCCAAAGCCAUCCUCCUGUCCCCCAAGUUCCACUGCACGGAGGAGAUGCUGACCAUCGUCUCCCUGCUGUCCGUGGACAGCGUCCUGUGCAACCCUCCCUCCCGGCGGGAUGAGGUGCAGGCCGUCCGCAGGAAGUUCGUGUCCAGCGAGGGCGACCACGUCACCUUGCUCAACGUCUACCGGGCCUUCAGAAGCGCCGGCGGGAACAAGGAUUGGUGCAAAGAGAAUUUUGUCAACAGCAAGAACGUGAUGCUGGCGGGCGAAGUCCGAGCACAGCUGAGGGACAUCUGCCUGAAGAUUACUUGCUCGUUACCAGUCGAUACAGCGCGGAAAACAGUGGCACAGACGGGCUGAAACAACUUCUCCCACAUCCUGCCCUUCCAAAGACAGACCAGGGUUAGCAGUCUGGCGUAGAUCCUUCCAGUCUUUUCCUGCACACGUAUGUUUUUGUGUGUUUGUCUCCCUCACUGUGUGUGCACACGUACACGUACGCACACACACACGGUUUUCUUUUUUAAAGAAACGGUACAAGUUUUGUUUUGCAACUUUUCCCAUGGGGUGUCCUUGCACAUGCCGUGUGUCUGGGUGUCUUGGUGCCUGUGGACCUCCGUCUCACCGCCCUUUCCGGUGACCUCGUGGCCGUCCGUCGUACGCCCCGCAUCGUAGGGAAGCAGGCCCCGCGCGACACUCGCCCAAGUGCUGGUGACCAUCUUCCUAGACACAUAUCCGUGCUUCAUGCGCGGAAUGAACCUCCGGGUGGAAUCUAGGUUGCGAGACACCCGCCGUAUCGCCCCCCAAGGUCGUUUUUCAGUGCGGUUGGCACACGCGUUCCGUCAUUUUCGGGUUUACAGCAGCGGUGGUGACCGCGUCCCCGCGUCCCACGCAUUUUGCCCCUGGGAGGUCGCACCCCCCAAGUGUGCUCUUAGCUUGUGCUCCCCCUCGGAGCCCGUGUGGCUUCCGAGUCCUUUCACGCGCACACCGACGGCUGUAGGACACUCCGCGUCUUCCCGCAGAGGCGAGUGGUUUACGUCGGCUGCUCCCGUGGUCGCUCCCGUGGUCGAGCGGUCACGAACUCCGUGGUGGAAGUCCCUGCCUCUUCCGAGACGGCCCCUCAGUGUAGGCCGUGUCCGCGCGUUUCCAGGGGGCCGCUGUGCCCCCCCGCCCCCGUCCCCAGGCCCGCGUCUGGUGCCAUCGCCCGUCGCUGGCAGUUAGGUGAUUUCUUGUCGUGAUUGCCGUGUUCCGUAUCUCACGUGGUUUUCCGGGCCCUCUUGUUCCUGAGCAGUCGUCCUGCCCGGCCGUCCCGUCCCGUGGCUCCCCGGGUUCUCCCUGUCGUCACUGGCGGCGGAGGCGACGCCCUGCUCCUCGUCCUGAACUGAGGGCGCGUCAGCGGCCGGUGGUGCCUCCGCGCCAGGCGUCGGUCGGGGUCCUGGGCUUUGCAAAUGGGCCUCACACUCCUCCUCUCAGGGAACAAUCCAGAGGGCAGAUCUGGCGGCGGUAACGGUGUGGCUGUGGUCUGUGAAGCGCUCACUGAGGCACCGUUCUAAGUCCUUUUCACGCAUUUGCUCGUUUGAAGUCCUCAUCUCGCCCUGAUGAGGUUUUGUGUUAUUCCUGUUUUACAAAUGAUGAACCAGAGCCUAAAGAAGUGAAGGCAUUUGCCCCGAAUCACAGCCGGUGGGCGCCAGAGCGGGCCGCCUGGAAGGAGAGACCACAGCUAGCUGCAGGACUCGGGGGCUCCCUGGAGGUGGUGACAGCUGACCGUGUCCCCACAGAGGAGAGAAAGAAGGUCUCGUCAGGCGGGGAUCAGCAGUUUGCAAAAAACAAACCCCUCGAGCCAUCUUUGUUUCAAAGAAAAUAUUUUUUUAACGUUUGUUUAUUUCUGAGACAGAGAGAGACAGAGCAUGAGCAGGGGAGGGGUAGAGAGAGGGGGACACACAGAAUCGGAAACAGGCUCCAGGCUCCGAGCCGUCAGCACAGAGCCCGACACAGGGCUCGAACUCACAGACCGCGAGAUCACGACCUGAGCCGAAGUCAGACGCUUAACCGGCUGAGCCACCCAGGCGACCCACCCCUCGAGCCAUCUUAAAGGGACAAGUGGGGAUAGAACGGUUUCUGUGGGAGCCUAUGGACAUAGUCGAGCCCCAGAGGGACAGAAAGGAAGCGGGAAGCAGAGAACGCUGCCAGGAGCCAGGAACGUUCUGGGUGCUCGUCCCCUAGUUGGCCUCUGUCUGUACACCCCUCUUCCCCCUGCUUCCUGCCUUCUGCCUCGGCUCACGGGAGCAGCAGAGCGGACAGAUUUCCUGCCCUCCCUGCCCCCCCCAUGCCUGGAACACCGGAGCCGGCACUGCAGGGUCAGGCAGGUGUCCACCCGCGGUCUGGUCGACUGCGGCUUGGGGUGUAAGGCGCUGUGACCUUCCCGGGGGCGCAUGCAGGUUGACGGAGGCCCAGACUUCCCCUCGGGAGCAGGGGGGGAGGGGCAGGGAUCUUCUGGAACCGGUGCCGGGGGGCUGAGUGCAGGAGGCGGGGCCGGAGCCCUGCUCCAGGGAAGGAAGGCGAGUGAGGAAGCCCCUACGCACUGGGGGUGAGAGGGCCAGGCCCCGUCCCCCGGGUCCCCCGGCCCGUCUGAGCGCUGGUGGCCCGUGUGCUUCCCGGUGGCCGCUCUCCUCCGGCCCCGCGGUGUCCCAGGCAGCAGAGGUUGGGGCCUUGCCCGCCAGUGCUCGCUCUGCCGGGCUGGUGUGCGGGCCGCAUGUGCGCCUGACCGCGGGCCGGUCUU